UCAGUCAUGUGAUCAGCUGUGUCCAAUCACAGCUGAUCACAUGUAAACAGGGAAAUGCCAGGUAUCGCUGUCAGCAGGGGACAUGUACACAGAUCACAGAGCACUGAUGAUCAGUGUGCCCUGAUGAUCUGUGUAGCCCCAGCAGUGCCACCUGUCAGUGUCCAUCACUGCCAGCUCUCAGUGCUCAUCCAUGCCACCUGCCAGUGCCCAUCAGUGCCACAUUUCAGUACCCAUCAGUGCUACAUCAAUGCCACAUAUCAGUGCCCAUCUGACCUACCUUUCAGUGUCACCCAUCAGUGCCAGUCAGUGCCACCUAUCAAUGCCAGUCAGUGCCACCUAUCAGUGCUACCAAUCAGUGCCACAUAUCAGUGCCAGUCAGUG